CUGUAUUUCUAAUAGCAUGAGCUAGCUUAUCAGUUUUCGCAAUUUACAAUAAACCAAUGUUUUCACAGAUUUCAAUAAAACUAAUGCAUUUCGUGCAAUAAAAGUUAUAAAAAAAAUUUAAACAACUCUUUCUCGUACAGUGUAUGUAACUAUGUGGGAACUAGGAUAUAUUUUUUUGUCAUUAUGUCAUAUUGCUUUAGUACAUAAUCCAAUAUGCGAUGCUGUUAAAAUUAGCGGAGUGUUGUCGAAGGAGACAUUUGUGUUUUGGCCAAACGGAACUGUACCAUUUUAUAUCAACCCGAAGCAUUUCGAUCAUGAACAGUCGUUGUCAAUAAUGACAACGCUGUCUCUCUUCGCGUACAAGACAUGUCUUAAAUUCUUGCCGGCCUUGGUCGCGCCGGAGGGCAAACAGCACAUCCUGUACUUCGAGAACCCGACCGGCAUAAGGAAGUGUAUAUUGGAUACCAUUGGACAUUCGAUGGACGAGCCUCAUAAAAUAACCCUUGGGUACGACUGUCUCCGUUCGCCCAAGAUCGACAUGAUUAUCAUGAAGGCUCUCGGUUUCCCUUUUGAGCACAACCGCCCCAACAGAGACGAGUAUAUUGACGUGCAGAUGGAGAAUGUAGAACCAAGUACUGUUACAUUGUUUAUAAAAGAGAUGAAUCUCCCGUUCGAAUGGCAGUUACUGCCUUAUGACGUAAAUAGCGUCAUGCACUUUGGUGAACGUGAUUACAGCAAGAAUGGGCAUCGUACUGUCAUAAUUAAGGAUCAUAGAGUUAAACAAAAUCGAAUUGGUUUAACUAGUCAGGACAUUCGAAAGAUUGAGAUUAUUUAUGGCCCCGAAUGCCAGCGGAGAGAUCGGCAAGAGAAAAUAGAAUUAUGCCAAAACUAUCCCGGCGUAGCCCGCAAGAAGAGAGACGUAGAAGAGAAUAGAAGUUUACGUGUGAAUCCAAAUAUCACUCCCCCACCUGACAUGGUAGAUGAUUUUAAAAAAAGAUCUGAAAAUACAGAAGAUUCAAAUACUAAAGUAGCUGAUGAAACAUUAAAAGAACUUGGUAUAGAAGAUGAAUUGCAAAAUAUUAUUGAGCAAGUAUAUAAAAUAUCAUCUUUAGCGCUUAACAAUGUUAGACUCAAAUAUUGUAAUAAAUCUGAACCAGAAGUCCCUAAACUUCGAAUCGGGAUAAAUGCUGAAAAAAAUAAUGCAGACCUUUUAGGUAUAGUUGAAAUUGUGACUAAUUAUGCUAGAAAUAUGGUUGAACGAGCUGUAGCCAAUUUGACGCAGUUUUGUCAAGAGUCUGGUACCAUUGAGGGUUACCAACGAGCCCGAUGCAGUUGGCACGAGUCUAAUAGAUGUCUAGAAACAUAUAAAUCUACUAAAUCUGGACCAGUGAUGUAUUCGACACAACACAGACCUGUAUAUUUCCAAUCCACAAAACACGACAGCAGAGAUUUACCAAAGCCAUUCAUUAAUUUACGUUCUGAUAAUGGAAACAAUGAAACAGAAGCAAUCAGAAGAAGAAAAAGACAUGUAACAGAGAAUGAGAAUGCAAAAGACGAUUUAGAAGUAAUUGUAGUUGAAGAAGCAAUCACCAACAAACCAGAUUUAAGGAUGGGCUCAACGAUUUCAUUGAAAAUACCGUAUUCCGAAGAGGAGAGACGCUUCCAAAAACGUCGGUUUAAGGUCAAAAGUAAACGAGGAAAAAAAGAAUGGAGUUCGUCUGCAUUGUCAACAGAAAAAGAGAGAGGAAGAAUGAAGAACCAUAAAGGUAAAAGGAAUAAACAUAAAAAAGAAGAAGAUAGUGACACAGAAGAUUAUCGUUACGAGAAACAAGGUUUUUCUAAUGAGAACAACAGCGAAGAUGAAAUAAGACAAAAGAGAUAUAAACUACAAGAGCGUAAUAGUGAAGUAGAAAGCAAAUUUAAAAAACUAAAUUGCAAGCCAAAGAAAAUAGUACACGGUGAUACAGAAGAUAACAGCGAUGAAGUAAGAAAGAAGAAGAGACAGAAACGUAUUGAAGAAACAGAAAUUUAUCAGAAAGGCAAAGAACAAAAGGCCCGAUUAAAAAAGUUGAAAUUGGAUUCGAGUGAAGUAAUAACAGAAAAGAACACAGCCACAUUUGUGGCCACAGUUAUUAAUAUUUCGAGAAAGAAUCGAGAAUUUUAUGAUGAGAGGAAGUGGCCAGAUGGCGUUGUGAGAUACAUAAUCAAGGAAGACCCAGCAUAUGAUAUAGCGGAUAUGCGUGACCGGCUCGCAGAGGUUAACAAUAUUUUAAAAAAGAAGACUUGUGUUCGCUUACAAGAGAUUACAGAGGAAAACGCGGAAGGAUACAGCGAUUACCUUGAACUUGACACGAGCCCGGAUUACGUCACGGGACGCGUGGGGGGCAGGCAGGUAUUCGGUUGCCUAGAGCUGUUCCAAGGCGAUCAGCACCGUCAGCACGCGGCCAUGAUGGUAAUGGCCAUGCUGGGCUUCUACUUCGAAGUCGCCAGGCACGACCGCGACAAGUACAUCAGGGUGCAUUUGAGGCAUGUCAGGCCUGAUAAACUCCAUCACUUCGAGAAAAUCCGAGAGGACGCCACCUUCCCACUGCCGUAUGACUACAGCAGCGCCACCCACCCGGCAUGGCAGUUUUGGCGCAAAAUUGGCAAAACUGGAAUAUCUACUGUAGCAACUUUUAAACAACAAGAUCCAGACGGUUCUGUGAUGAAGUCCCUGGGCCAGAACGAGGAUCUCCUAUCGGAUUUGGAUCUGAUGAAAAUCAAUACCGUGUAUGGGAUUAACUGCUUCCGGAAUGCACGAGGCGAGAAGGGUGUAAGUGGAAAGGCAAAAGCACGGGAGGGAAAGGAGGAAUCGAGGGAUGAGGAUGUAAGCAGUCGAUGGGGAGAUCAGAGUCAAGAAUAAUAGGAUAACAGGAGAACGAAUAUAUUAAAUCAAAUGUGAAAUGA